UCGUUGUCCUCCGUGUAGUUAUUCCGGUACCGGUGAGGGAGCAAAGUGAGUCGCCUUGUGUGGUCAAUAAUCAUUAAAUAAAUACAGCAAAAGCGCAAUAUAAUGUCUGUCAGCGACAUUCAAGUGUUCGCAGAGAAAUCACACAUCUGGCUAAAAAAACAGAUUUAAAGCCACAUUUCGCGCCGUUCCUAGUUAACGUUAGCUAACUAUGUUAAGUUACCUGGACUGCCAGAGAAGCUAAUCCGAGCUAACGGGAUUAGCUGUGUGGGCUCUGACCAAAGCCGGCGGUGGUAAAAUGUCCGUGAAGCGGAGCACCUAGUGGACCAAUCUGAAGAGCCGUGAAGUCCAGGAUGCUCCAGGGGCCGUACGGCAGCCUGGACCGGGACCGGCCCCUCAUCCGGCUCCCUUUCACCAGCUUCGCUGUGGGGACGGUCCUGCUGCCUCUGACGGGCCUCAUUGCCUGCCUCUUCAUCUCGCUCGUGUACCACUUUGAGGACGCGACGUACACACACUGUCAUGUGUCAAACUACCUGCCAUCCAUCAGUGCUGCCAUCAGCCGCGUGCCGGAGCGCUACAUCUGGCGCUGCUGCAUCGGCCUGCACUCGGCGCCGCGCUACCUGGUGUCCGCCGCCUACUUCACCUUCUACCGCAGUCGCUUCGCCAAGAGGCUGCCGGAGCUGCUGCUGAGCGGGCUGGCCCUCCUCUGCAGCCUCGCCGAAAACACGGGCCUGCUGCUGCUCACAUACGUGUCGUCCACCGAAACAUACAAUGUUCAUAAAAAUGGCUUCAUUGUGUUCAUAGCGAGCUCGCUGCUGCACAUGCUCAUUACAUGCAGGCUGUGGCAGGUGAUCAGGAGACACUAUGUGAACCCAGAGGAAGUGACAUCAUACCGCUGGAAGGUGCGUCUCUUCCUGUUUAACAUCAUCUGUUGUCUUGUGGCUGCUUACUUCUUCAGACGCCACAACAAGUUCUGUGAGGAGGGAGUCUACACCCUGUUCGCCCUCUUUGAAUACCUGGUGGUGUUCUCCAACAUGGCCUUCCACAUGACAGCCUUCUGGGACUUUGGGAGCAAAGAGGUGAUUGUGGCCACGCCCCCUGAGGACAAGCGAUACUGAGCAGCACCUCACCUGUUGAAUUCCACCGAUGAGAGGCCAUGAAACUGGUUUGAACUUGACAAAUGUGAACACAUGAAGGUGUCGUGGACUGAUGAGGUGUGAGUUUCGUACGGUUCAGAACAGAACAGAACUGAUCAACUGAAUGUCAGUUUGUCUACAACAAAUUAAAAUAAAGAAAGUAACAUUUGAAAAGCAGCCGUUUUCAUGUUUCUCUCGAGGCGAUGACACGUGAAAGUCAUCUCAGAGCUUCAUUAAAGGGACGGUUCGCCCGAGAUCAAAAGUCUUCUUUAGUGAGACACAUGCUAACUAAGCUAACUGACCUGAAGAGGUGAAGGACGGCGUUAACGUUUACAUCCUGCCCUGUGACGAGCCUCGCAAGCCUCCUGGAUUCAUUACUUCAUUACAUUCAACAGAAGACAGGCAUCUGUCAGCUGAUGUCUCCUGAACGGUGUCUGAUUUUGGGGUGAAUGUCCCUUUAAACUGUGCGUCAGCCUGUUGGUCUCCAGACGUCCUGACAGGACGACUCAUUUCUGGCUGCCAUCUUCAGAUUCACAGACGUCUUCUUCUGGUUUAUGAAAAGGUUUGUUUUCCCUGUGGAGUUGUGGAGCAGGACGCCACCGCUGGACCUUUACAGUGAAUCAGAGCCGCGUCCACACAGGACAGAGAGACAGAGACUCAGAAAAGACAGGAACAGGAAGUGGCCCCGGCCUCUGAGGAGACACUGCAGGAAGAGACGACAUCCUGAAACCACCAAAGCUUCAGUCCAGAGAAAGUUUCCCACGAACUCCUCCUGUCUUCUCCACUGAGUUAACGUCUGAAUGGACUUUAAUUAUUGGACUGAAUUCAGAUAAAAUAAAAUUUCAAAGAAACUGCUUCCAUCAAUCAGCUGGUUAGAAGGUUGAUCUGCUUCUUCUUGUUUGAUGGCUGAUUAAUUGACAUUUUUUAAACAUAAAUUGUGUGCAGCUUCAGUUCUGUGUGUGUUUGUUGUCCAGGAGGACGACAGCGAUAAGAGCGAAACGUCAGCUGUGUUUGUGUUUGAUGACUUUGUUACCUGACACCACAACAGUCCCUUCAUCGUUUGGGGAAGUUGUUAGUCCGCAGGUCAUUUAUUAACUUUGCUUCCACCAACUUCAUUUUCCCGCACAACAAAACAGCACAGAGACGCCACACGUCCUGAAAUGCGGUUCAUGUUCCAUAGUCCGGCGGCUGAAGGUGUUUACAUACACGGAUGAUAGUGUAUUAGUACUCCUCCAUAGUACUUUGUGUACAUUGCUAAUUAGCUGAGGUUACCGUGCCAACACAUUAAGCAAAGAUAAUGAACGGUAACCCAGCUAAGUAUACUGACAAUCCUACUGUUAGCAUGUUAGCAUGGUGACAUUAGCGUGUAGUUCAAACAUAAGAAACAAAACGCAUACAGCAUGUUUUAAGUGUCUCAUUUAAAUAAAAACAGUAAAUGAAAAAAUCAAAA